CCCGCCGUUCUCUCCGACGAUGCCGGACGAAGCCACGGAAAGCGCCGGCUCCACCUCCGCCCGCGUCUCGUCCUUUUUCAUCGAGGACCUGCUGGGCACCGAGGGCACGGCGGGCGGCGGGGCGCGGCGGGCAGCGGCGGGCGGCGGCGGCCGCGGGGGGCCGCGCUGCGGGCCGCGCUCGCCGCUGCGCCUCGGCGCCCCGGGCUGCCCCCUCCGCGACGCCGCCGUCGGCUGGUACCGCCGAGCGCACGCCGCCUUCCUGGGCUGCGCCAGCCCCGACACUAGCGACCGGGACUCGCCCGAGCUGCCCGAGGAGCCGGCGGAGCGGGCGGGCGGCGGCGGGCGGGCGGCGGCGCGGGGCCCGGCGGGCGGGCGGCCGGGGCCGGGCAGCCGCGAGGAGGAGGAGGAGCGCGGCGAGGAGCCGGGAGAGCCGGAGCAACGCGCCGCCGGCCGCAAGAAGAAGACGCGCACGGUGUUCAGCCGCAGCCAGGUCUUCCAGCUGGAGUCCACCUUCGACGUGAAGCGCUACCUGAGCAGCUCGGAGCGGGCCGGGCUGGCCGCCUCGCUGCACCUCACCGAGACCCAGGUGAAGAUCUGGUUCCAGAACCGCCGCAACAAGUGGAAGCGGCAGCUGGCGGCCGACCUGGAGGCGGCCAACCUCUCCCACGCCGCUCAAAGGAUAGUGCGGGUCCCCAUUUUGUACCACGAGAACUCGCCGGCGAGCGCCUUGGGCUUCACCCUGCCCCACAUGUCGCCCCCCUUGGUGGGCUUCUCCAGCGGUGUCAGCUACCCCCUGGGCACCUUCCCUGCCGCCUCCCUCCCGUUCCUACGAUCGCAGAUGACAGGACUCGUCUGAGCGCCCACCUGUGCCGAAACCGCGGCCCCUUCGCCCCCUCCCCCGGCUUCCAGCUCCACCCCCCUUCCUCCCCGGACUUUUGAUUUCCAACUUACACGUUUCUCGAUUUUCUGCUUUUGGACUUUUUUUUUUUUUUUUUUUUUUUUUUUUUAAACGUGCAAUAAACUUACUUUUGGGGUUAACUCGGAGCGACGCGCAGUAGCCGGAGGGAACCGAAAGGACUACGAGGACCCCAGCCGGGAGCCGGGAGCCGGGAGCCGGUCGGCGGGGCUCCCCCCCCCCCGCCCCGCGCAUCCAAAGAAAAUGCAGCCCUGUGGCAGCGGCAAAGCCCUCACUGCCCCCUCGGCCCCGGGGUGACAUAGACCAGCGUUUUCCGGGGGGCAGCAAGCACCCCCAGACCCUUUUCCCCUCCUGCAGAGCUGCCAAGCGUGAGACGAAUGUACGGAACGGCCGGGGCCCGGGGCGCCCCCCAGCGCCGCAGCCCCCGCCCCACGGACGGCGAAGCCUGGGGGCCCCCGCCGCGGCCAAGGGCCAUUCCCCGGGUCCUCCACCGCCCCGGGCCCGCGCCCCUGCUGGGGAAACCCUUCAUCUUCCCCGCUGCCCCGGCUGCGUUCCGUGCAGAGCGGGGCACCCUGCGGACCCUCGCCUCCAGCAGCUUCUCCAGGGCCCUUUGUUUUAGCCACUUAAUUCGUACAGAUUGCCCCCACACCCCCCUUCAACCCCCCCAUCCCCCGUUACUCCCAUUUUCAUACGAUCGAUACCCAAGCAUGUGCUGAUGCUCCCUGAUCCUUCUCGGUGCAGGCUUUGUGAUUUGAAACAACUGGAAGGCAAAUUGUUGGAAUGAAUUCGCCCCCCCGAAGUUCGAGCUGUGAGGAUUUGGUUUCUUUGGUUUCGUUUUAUUUCCCUGGCAAACUAUCAGCAAAAAUACAAGUGGGGUUUUUUUUUAAUUAUAUAUAUAUAUAUAAAAUUCAACAUACUGUGUUUUACCAAUGGGUUUGCCACUUAUUUUGGUCUCCUGGAGCGGCUGAGGAAAACGCACCUCGGCUUGUCCGUCUCUUACGGGACCAGUUAAGGUGAUAGAUUAAAAGUUCGCACUGGCAAUUAAAAAGGAAGGAAAGAAAAAUAAUCACAUGGGGACAGACUGAGGAGCUGUAUGGCUAGUUAUGCAAGGUAACCUGUAAUGUGAUAUUAUAUGACGUAUUAUGCAUGCCAAGCUAUUUUCUUUAAUAACUGUUUUCCCCUCUCUACCCACUGCUAAAAUGAAUAUCGGGUCAAUCAUUGUUUCUAAAGGUUUGAAUUUCUUUUUCCGAAUACUAAGGGGGAAAUGGCCUUAUAAAACUCAGUCAUGGUGGAAGGUCAAGCUUUGAUCGUAUGUUUUAGGGCAUAAUCAGAUGUAAUUGAACCGACCAGCUUGGAGCACUCGGUGUCCCCGCGGGGAAAGCUGGGUCCUGGAUCUGUUGGGGUAUGUGCAUGCGGACCUGUCUCUAGUGAAGGAAGAGCCAUCUACUUCUUACUAUUGCCUACGCUUUACAUUAUAUUUGGAGCGAUCGCACAGUUCCUUGUUAUGAAAUCGAUCGGCGAGAUGCGACGGAGCUUCAGUUUUGAUACGAAACCUGAGAAGAAGGGUCAGGGGCGGAUUAUAACCUCUCCACAGCUUUUUUUUUU